AUAGCUGACUUGAUCGUCUGCAUUCAUCUGUUGCCAAGGCCAUCUUAAUUUAAUCUUAAUAUCAAAUUAGUUUUCAAACAAGAUGACGGACUUAAUAUCGCGAGUAAUUAACUUUCAUGAAUAUCUUUGUCAUGAUAUAGAUCCUCGAGUAAAAGAUUGGCUUUUUAUGAGCGACCCAAUAAAACCUACACUACUUAUCAUAGCCUACCUGUUAUUUGUAUAUUUCGGGCCAAAAUGGAUGGAAAACAGAAAGCCGAUGCAAUUACAAUAUGUUCUAGUCAUCUACAACUUUUCUAUGGUGAUAUUUUGUGCGUAUAUAGUCCACCAGUUUCUGAUGGGAGGCUGGCUGUACGACUAUUCAUUAGGCUGUCAAACAGUUGAUUACUCCAAUUCACCUACGGCUCUUCGGAUGGCUGGUGCAGUGUGGAUGUUCUUCAUAGCAAAAUUUGUAGAACUUCUAGACACAGUAUUUUUCAUUUUACGUAAGAAGAAUGGCCAAGUGACUUUCCUGCACGUGUUUCAUCAUGGAUGUCUACCUAUGUUCUGGUGGUGGGGUGUAAAAGCCGUCCCAGGAGGUUUUGGUACCUUCCAUGGUCUUGUAAAUUGCUGCGUCCAUGUAGUUAUGUAUUUUUACUACGGGACUGCUGCCCUGGGACCCAGGUUCCAGAAGUACCUGUGGUGGAAGAGAUAUGUCACAAUAUUUCAACUGGCGCAGUUUUUCAUAGUGACGAUUCACAACUCCCAGAUGUUGUUUAUAGAUUGUGCGUAUCCAUGGAAAUACGUUGCUUUUAUUCAGGGAUUUACGACACUUGUUGCCGUCUUGUUUCUUAACUUUUAUGUAAAGACAUACAAACAAAAUAAAGGAACUGCAGCAAAGACUGCAGAAUCCAAGAACAACGAUGCACAAAAUGGCCACCUUGCCAACGGCCAUGCGGUCACCAACGGAUACUACCAUGAACACGUUGCGAAUGGCUUUGAGAAGAGUCUCGUUGAACGAAGAAAACACGUAAAUGCGCAUGUUUCAUAGCGGUUCAUAUGAUUUUCCAUUCAUAGUCAUGCCUGUCUUUAAAGUCAAUAUGUUGAUUCGUAUAUACAUAAUACGUAAUAUAACUUUCUUAUUACAUACUCGUUUCUAUUCCCCGUUAAGUUGCGGUGGUACCGGAAACGUAAAUAUUUUUCCAUACACCGACGCUUGAAUUUCAUAUCGGGUGCGUGACGUUAUUCAGUGUGUGUUGUUGCACUAUUUUUUCUAUUUAGUUCAGUAUUGUCAAUCCUAUUCAGGCCAUUGAACAUAUUUAUGAUAUUUACACAAUAUUUAUUCGUGUAGAUGAGUAUGUAAUAAAAAGGUUAUUAUCUUUGCAUCGGGAAAUAUGCACUCGUUCUUCAGCGAAAGAAUAUUGCACUCCUAAAGUCGCGCAAUAUUUCCGCUGAAGAACUCGUGCAUAUUCCCGAUACAAAGCUAAUAACCUAUAAUUAUUUUGACUGGGGCAGUCUUUAGAAAAGUCAAACUUCACGCAGGGGUUGCUUCCCUUUAACUUCAGAAAUCUCUAUCUAUAGGUAAGGGAGAUCACUGCGAAGAAGAUUGAGAAAAGUAUUAUUAUUUUAUUAGUCCUAUUUCUUUAUUUCUAAAGCAUCAACUUCAAAUACUUUUUCGGCAUUAUCGUUAAUUUAACACAUUUAAAUGCACAGCAACCGAAAAUUGCUUUUAUAAAACAUUCACCAAAAAGCACACUAUGUGCAGUAAGAUGCGCAUAAUGCCACUUUAAUCACCAGUAAAAAGUGAUCUUGGGUACAACGUGCUGCUGCUCGGAAACGGAUAUAUUUUCCCACAUAUUUGGAAUUUAUAAUGGCAAAAAAGUACAGUCGGAAGAAAUUUGCCCGUCAUAUAGUUUAUGAGUAGACGAUCUGUCUGGGGUCCAAUGCUCCCAGAUCACCUUAGCGCGGUUUUGUUAGGAUAGCUUUCUUAAUUUACAUGUAUCAUUAUAUUCAGUAUAUCAACUUCUUGAGACGCCUUAUUUCAAAUUAUUGUACAUAGUGCAAGACAUUCAUGGUAGGUAAAACACUAAUUCCUUGAUUUAGACAGCACACAUCUUUUAUAUGUAUUUGAAGCAUUGGUUUGGAAAUUAAAAUUAGCGAUUUUACAUGAGUUUUGUUAUCGUUGCAAAUGUAACGUAUUACUUUAAGGAAACCAUGUGCUGCAAUUCAUUGUUACAUAAUAAUUAGAUUCGUAAGUGAACAGUUUGUCGGAUUCCGAGUUCUAGAACAAUUUAUGCAGUUGUGAAUGUUAAAUAAUUAUCUUGCCAGUUUCAUUAAAAUAUUUAAGAUAUUAACUUUUUAUCUGGUUGAAAUAAAGCAUAUUUAUAUAUA